AUGGCCAAGAAGAAAAAAACAAACAACACCUACAAUGACUUCCUCGAUGGCGAAAAGCUCCUCGACAAUGCUGAUGUAAAAAAGACACUGCAAUCCGCCACUUCGCUGGCUCGAGAAAUCUCUCCACCACUGGUGCAGUCUACACGCUCUCAUGGCGGUGCAGCAGGAACCCAACAGGAAUCCAUCUCAGAACCCAUUCGGUCUAAACGAGGAGGAGGAGGAGGAGGAGGAGGAGGAGGAGCAGGAUCACAGAAGAAACCCCCCAUAACACACUUCCUCUGCCUCCCCAUCACAACCCCCGCCUCCCUCCCCCAACUACGCACCUCCCUAUCCACACUGCAAUCUCAUCUCCCUACCUCCUGCGCAAUCCCAGCUUCCGCCGUCCGGCCUCCUUCAACACUCCAUCUCACGCUCGGCGUUAUGAGCCUGGACCCAUCGAGCUUGCAAACCGCAAUCGCAUAUCUACAGAAACUAGACUUGCACGGUAUACUACGCGCUGUAACAACUCCCCACGAUGACGCUGCAAAUGCCAAUGAAGCUGUCGAGACUGGAAGUAGGGCUCUAGAUGCGCUCAUUGUAAAUCUACAAGGUCUACAUGCCAUGCACAAGCCCUCAUCAACAAGCGUUUUAUACGCCGAGGCUAGAGACAAGGGACAUCAAACUGGACGAUUAGAAGCAUUUGCGCGUAGUGUACGAGAGAAGUUUUCAAAGGAAGGGUUUCUGCUGGAGGAGGACCGGGAGCUGAGAUUACAUGUCACGCUUGUGAACACGAUUUACGCGAAGAAGGAGAUUUUGGGCAGGAGAAAUGUCAAGGGGAGGGGGAUUCAAAGGAUAGAGGGGGAUAUAGCGAGAGGCGCGAAUACCAACGAAAACCCACCCAGAAUUGAGAAUGCGAGUGGAAAUACAGGGCCACCCUCCAACACGCACACCAACACAACACCCAACCACCCCAAACUAACCCUCCGCUUCGACGCCCGGCCCCUCAUCCACCAAUACCAAGACUUCCUCUGGGCCCAAGACGUCCAGAUUGAUAGACUCUGCAUUUGCGAAAUGGGCGCCAGGAAGGUAUGGAGUGGUCGUUCCGAGGGCGUGGGUGAGGUGCUGGAUGCUGUAUAUGAUGUUGUUGGCGAGAAGGAGAUUGGGUUGGGUUGA